UACAUGUUGGACCCUUUGCCUAAACCAGUCCAUUACCAAUCAUGGGAGAACAUAGUGAUAAAUGCGGUUAAAGCUUUCAAUGCUGAAACGGGUAGGGUUAACAAAGUGCCCAAGGUGAAAUUACUUCCGAGCGUACCUAAACAACCGGGUGGAGUUGAGUGUGGUUAUUAUGUGAUGCGAUAUAUGAAAGAUAUUAUAAAUGAUGACACUCUUUCAUUUUCAACCAAGUGGGCGGCAAAGAGUCGGAACUCAUAUACCCAAGACCAACUUGAUGAGGUGCGCAUUGAAGCGGCUGACUACUUGCAGACUUUGCUAUAGCUAGAUCUUGACAAGCAAUAUGAUUUUGAGUAAGGCUAGAUUUUGCUGACCAUUUUGUAGUAGAUGUAGUAAUAUUAGGAUGAAUUGUGAACAAAUUAUACUGCAUGUAGUUAUUGCAAUAGUGGUAUCUUCUACACUAGCCUUAAAGUAGGUUAGGGUUUAUUGUGCAAAACUUUUGAAACUACCUCAAGCUCUAAUUUUGGAUAAAAAUUAAU